UCUCUCUCUGCAGGAUUGCCGGGGACACAAGCAGAUCUGGAUAAGAGGCGGCAAGUGUAUGGAAAAAACUUCAUACCUCCAAAGAAGCCAAAAACUUUCUUACAGCUAGUAUGGGAAGCACUACAAGAUGUAACUCUGAUCAUCCUGGAAAUAGCAGCCAUUAUUUCACUUGGUCUGUCCUUCUACCGACCGCCUGGAGGGGAAACCGAAGGUUGUGGUGGAGCGGCAGCUGGGGCUGAAGAUGAGGGUGAAGCAGAGGCAGGUUGGAUUGAGGGUGCUGCUAUCCUCUUAUCUGUGGUGUGUGUUGUAUUAGUCACUGCCUUCAAUGACUGGAGCAAAGAGAAACAAUUCCGAGGUCUCCAGAGCCGCAUUGAACAGGAGCAGAAGUUUUCUGUGGUCCGUGGUGGUCAAGUCAUUCAGAUCCCAGUGGCUGAACUUGUGGUUGGGGACAUAGCACAGGUUAAGUAUGGUGACCUUCUUCCAACGGAUGGAGUGUUCAUACAGGGAAAUGACCUGAAAAUUGAUGAAAGUUCCUUAACGGGAGAGUCUGAUCAGGUCCGCAAAUCUGUAGAUAAAGAUCCAAUGCUGCUGUCAGGGACUCAUGUGAUGGAAGGCUCUGGAAGAAUGCUGGUAACGGCUGUUGGUGUCAAUUCUCAAACUGGAAUCAUUUUCACCUUGUUGGGGGCAAGCGAAGCUGAGGAUGAAAAGAAGGACAAGAAAGGCAAAAUGCAAGAUGGGAAUGUGGACAACAUCCAGAACAAAGCCAAACAACAAGAUGGGGCAGCUGCCAUGGAAAUGCAGCCCCUGAAAAGUGCUGAGGGGGGUGAUGGAGAUGACAAGGACAAGAAGAAAGUAAAUCCACACAAGAAGGAAAAGUCAGUCCUACAGGGCAAGCUGACCAAACUGGCAGUGCAGAUAGGAAAAGCAGGCUUGGUGAUGUCGGCCAUCACAGUGAUCAUCCUGGUCCUUUAUUUUGCUAUUGAUUCCUUCGUUGUCCAGAAAAGGCAAUGGUUGCCCGAGUGCACUCCCAUUUACAUCCAGUACUUUGUGAAAUUCUUCAUCAUCGGUGUCACUGUGCUAGUUGUAGCUGUCCCUGAGGGCCUCCCCCUGGCUGUAACCAUUUCUCUGGCAUAUUCUGUUAAAAAAAUGAUGAAAGACAACAAUUUAGUACGACAUUUAGAUGCCUGUGAGACUAUGGGCAACGCCACGGCAAUUUGCUCCGAUAAAACUGGAACCUUGACAACCAAUCGAAUGACUGUGGUUCAGGCCUACGUUGGAGAUGUCCACUACAAGGAGAUCCCAGACCCCGAUGGUCUUCCAGCCAAAACUUUAGAUGUUCUAGUGAAUGCCAUUGCCAUCAACAGUGCAUACACAUCCAAAGUCCUGCCAGCGGAAAAGGACGGUGGUCUCCCAAGGCAAGUCGGCAAUAAAACAGAAUGCGGUUUGUUAGGAUUUGUGUUGGAUCUAAAGCGAGACUACCAGGGAGUGCGCAAUAUCAUACCGGAGGAGAAGCUGUACAAAGUGUACACCUUUAAUUCUGUCAGGAAAUCCAUGAGCACUGUCGUUAAACUGGAGGACGGAAGUUUCCGCAUGUACAGCAAAGGAGCCUCAGAGAUCAUUCUGAAAAAGUGUUCGAAAAUCCAGAAUUCAGCCGGAGAGACCAGACUUUUCAGGCCCAGAGAUCGAGAUGAGAUGGUAAAAAAGGUGAUAGAACCCAUGGCCUGCGAUGGACUCAGGACAAUCUGCAUUGCCUACCGGGAUUUUAGCCAGAGUCCAGAGCCGGACUGGGACAACGAGAAUGAUAUAGUGACGGAUCUGACAUGCAUCGCUGUUGUCGGCAUUGAAGAUCCUGUCAGGCCAGAGGUUCCUGAGGCAAUCAGAAAGUGCCAGAGGGCUGGUAUCACUGUUCGUAUGGUGACAGGAGAUAACAUUAAUACAGCACGUGCCAUUGCCAUUAAAUGUGGCAUCAUACAUCCUGGAGAAGAUUUUCUCUGCAUUGAAGGGAAAGAGUUUAACAGACGGAUCCGCAAUGAAAAGGGAGAGAUUGAACAGGAGCGGAUUGAUAAGAUAUGGCCAAAGCUGAGGGUUCUGGCUCGCUCAUCACCUACUGACAAACAUACACUGGUGAAAGGUAUCAUAGACAGCACACAGGUGGAGCAGAGGCAAGUAGUUGCAGUAACCGGAGAUGGAACAAACGAUGGCCCCGCUUUAAAGAAAGCAGAUGUUGGAUUUGCGAUGGGGAUUGCUGGCACAGAUGUUGCUAAAGAAGCCUCCGACAUCAUUCUUACUGACGACAACUUCAGCAGCAUAGUAAAGGCUGUAAUGUGGGGUCGAAAUGUGUAUGACAGCAUCUCCAAAUUCCUGCAGUUCCAGCUGACUGUCAACGUGGUGGCUGUGAUCGUGGCAUUUACCGGGGCCUGCAUCACCCAGGAUUCUCCACUGAAGGCUGUGCAGAUGUUGUGGGUAAACCUAAUUAUGGACACGUUUGCUUCUCUUGCAUUGGCAACUGAACCACCAACAGAGUCACUCUUGCUACGUAAACCCUAUGGAAGGAAUAAGCCCCUCAUAUCAAGUACAAUGAUGAAAAAUAUUUUGGGGCACGCUGUGUACCAGCUGACUCUGAUAUUCACAUUACUCUUUGCUGGAGAACAACUCUUUAAUAUCGAUAGUGGAAGGAAUGCCCCUCUGCACUCUCCUCCAUCUGAACAUUACACCAUCAUCUUCAACACUCGUUUGUCAUGAUGCAACUCUUCAAUGAAAUCAACGCACGAAAGAUCCACGGAGAGCGCAAUGUGUUUGACGGCAUAUUCAGAAAUCCUAUUUUCUGCACAAUUGUGAUCGGCACCUUUGCAAUCCAGAUAAUAAUAGUACAGUUCGGUGGAAAGCCAUUUAGCUGUGCUCCGCUACAGCUGGACCAGUGGAUGUGGUGCAUAUUUCUUGGCUUUGGAGAAUUGGUAUGGGGGCAGGUCAUCGCUAGCAUCCCGACCAAUAGGUUGAAAUUCCUGAAGGGGGCUGGCCACCUGACACAGAAGGAAGAAAUUCCAGAAGAGGAACUGAAUGAGGAUGUUGAGGAAAUAGACCACGCAGAGAGGGAGUUAAGACGAGGGCAGAUCCUCUGGUUCCGGGGACUCAACAGAAUACAAACCCAGAUCCGCGUCGUGAAGGCAUUCCGUAGCUCUCUCUAUGAAGGUUUAGAAAAACCGGAUUCUCGAACUUCCAUUCACAACUUCAUGACCCAUCCAGAGUUUAAGAUAGAAGAUUCUCAGCCUCACAUCCCUCUUAUUGAUGACACAGAUCUGGAGGAAGAUCCUGCCCUGAAACAAAACUCUAGCCAGCCCCCUUCACCCAACAAGAACAACAAUGCGGUUGACAGCGGGAUAAACCUCACUACAGAGACCAGCAAAUCAGCUACCUCUUCCAGCCCAGGGAGCCCCAUACACAGCUUGGAGACGUCCCUUUAG